GGCGGUCAUGGCGCAGCCGGCGGCCGCGCGGCCCCCGAACGGCGGCCGCUUCGACUUCGACGACGGUGGCACCUACUGCGGCGGCUGGGAGGACGGCAAGGCGCACGGUCACGGCGUCUGUACGGGGCCCAAGGCGCAGGGCGAGUACUCCGGCUCCUGGCACUACGGCUUCGAGGUGUCCGGCGUGUAUACGUGGCCCAGCGGGAGCACGUACGAAGGCCACUGGCAGAACGGACGCCGCCACGGCCUGGGUGUAGAGACGCGCGGCCGGUGGCUGUACCGCGGCGAGUGGACGCAGGGCUUCAAGGGCCGCUACGGGGUGCGCCAGUCCACCACCUCAUCCGCCAAGUAUGAGGGCACCUGGGCCAACGGUCUGCAGGACGGCUACGGCUCCGAGACGUACGCCGACGCAGGCACGUACCAGGGCCAGUGGCAGCGCGGCUCACGGCACGGCUACGGCGUGCGCACAUCAGCCGCGUUCGGCGCCGCCUCCACCUCCAAGAGCAAGGCGCACCACGGGUCGGCCUCGUCGCUCAAGUCGGACCCGCAGGCCGACCCCACCUCGGAGCACGACCGGCGCGUGAACGAGACGCGCGGCGGAUUCGUGCUGAGGGCGCGCUCGGACGAGCCGCCGCCACGGCGCGGCUCCAUGGUCGAGAAGAGCACCACACUGAGGAAGAACAUCCUGCAGGGUCUCCGUCUGCGUAAACAGCGCAGCACUGGGGACCUGGAGAAGCGAAACGCCGGCGGCAGCAUCCGCUCCACCAACAGCAGCGUCUCGUGGAUGAGCACCGACUCGACCAAGUCCCACAUCACCAACGGCAGCUACCACACCGAAUCGAACGCCAGCUUCGUCGUGGAGGACGAGCAGAUGGACAGUAACGUGACGGAGACGUACAUGGGGGAGUGGAAGAACGACCGACGCAUCGGCUACGGCGUGUGCGAGCGAUCCGACGGCCUCAAGUACGAGGGCGAGUGGUACAACAACAAGAAGUACGGCUACGGCGUCACCACCUUCCGCGACGGCACCAAGGAGGAGGGCAAGUACAAGAACAACGUGCUGGUGACGUCCAACAAAAAGAAGCACCUGUUCCUAAUCCGCUCGGCCAAGUUCAGGGAGCGGAUUGAGGCGGCCGUGAGCGCCGCCAGUCGAGGGUCCAAGAUCGCCCUGCAGAAGGCCGACAUCGCCAUCAGCAGAACGGCGACGGCGCGCGGCAAGGCGGAGCAGGCUGACAUCGCCGCCCAGCAUGCGCGGGAGGACUCUGGCAUCGCGCGUGUGCACGCCAAACAAUUCGCGCCAGACUUCCUGCAGCCUGGCUCCGAGGGCUACAAAUCACGUCCGGACACCCGUGGCGGCAACCCCGAGCUCGCCGUGCCGCAGAUCCGGACUCAAAGCCCUCCGCGCGAGCUAACGGCGCCCGAGCCGCCCCCGCCGCCCAACGGGCUACCGCCCGGCCUGGACGGGCCUGUGUCGGUGGCGGUGCCGGAGACGGCGCCGCCGGCGCCGGCGCCGGCGCCGGAGCGGCCGGGCGAACGCGAGCCGCCUGCCGGUCGGAGACCCAGUGCGUCAGUGUCGAUCGCAGCGCCGCAGGGCGACCGCGCCAGCGUGGACUACUUCCCGGCGGCGCUGACGCGCGCGGACAGCGCGAGCCGGGAGCCGGCCGGCGAGCGCGCGCCGGCGCGCCGCUCGCGCGCCAGCCUGCAGGGCGCCGCCGCCAUGAAUGACCGCUUCGACCACUACCGGCGUGCGCCCAGCCGCGAGGGCUCGGUGGAGCCGGCGGCGCGCGCGCGCCGCACCACGCCUCAGCCGCCCGAGUUGACGCUGGCGGCGCGGCCCGGCUGCCGUUCCGAUGCCCACUGCACGCCAGACUCCGGCGUCUUCGAGAGCGCCGACGAGCCGGCCGGCCGCGUCGCCAACGCCGCUGAUGCACCCCGCUUCUUCAUCCCCGAUACGCCCGAGCAGGCGGCGCAGAUGGCGGCGCCGGCGGCGGCCGGCAUGAAGCGAACUGAGAGCAUGUUCAUGCCUGGGCCGCAGGGCCGCCGCGGUGGCACGCCGUCUCUGACGACCACCACGCUGCAGCGGAAGAAGUCGAUGCCGGACGCGGCGACGCUGCCGGUGAAGGCUCGCGUUAUGCCGCGGGAGGAGGCCAACUUCCUGGCCGCCAGCCAGCGGGACGCACUGCGCCGACAGGCCGAGGAGGCGGCCAUGUACCGCGCCAACCCGCUGCUCUACGUAUACAAUCCCAAAGUCAAGGAUUGGUUCUCCAGGCAGCGGCUGGUACUAGCCGUAAUCAUCAUCAACAUCUCAUUGGCGAUCCUGUUCUUGAAGCUCUUGACAUAGCAGUGGCCUUACAACCAGUGCUCGUGCUACAUUUGUACUUUGAAGCGCCGCCAGUCGAGCCGUGAUUGGCCGAGAGUGGGCCGCGUCUGCAACCCAGUGACCAAUCGGUGCCUUGACCCGCGUGCGGGAAAGCGACCUGUCUAGUGUCGACACCGACGCGAGUCA